AACAGGAAUGAGAAAACUCAAACACAAAGAUGACUUUAUUCUGCGUCCAAAUUCCACAUUAAAACAAGACUGGGUUUUAAAGCGAGACUCAUAAAGCAGAAUUUAUUUGCAGUUUUGGAAAGUUCACAUUACCUCUGAUGUAAGUAAUCUUUAUCUGUACUGGGCUGGCCUGAAGAAAGGGUCUCACUAAAUCACAUAGUUGCAACAUUUACUCACUAGUGCACUUAGGUGUGUGUGUGUGUUUGAGGAGGGUGUGUGGUAGAAGGCAGAACAUAGAGGGACAAGGUGAAAGAGAGAGAGAAAGAGAGAGAGAGAGGGAGGGAGAGAUGCUGCACCUGUGCAUGAUCACCUGAGAAGAAGAAUUAAAAGAAAAGGAGGUAAAGAAUUUGGAAGCAUGGCGCGACAGUUUCACAUCUGAGAGAAUCUCCUUUCGCAGCUCGUCAUCAACAAGGUCAGUCCUCCAGUCUCAGUUGGUGUCAUGGCUGAUCCGAGCUGGUGGAAGCUGACCUUCUCACGCAAGAAGAAAUCUGAAUCUAAGGUUCUGUAUGAGAUCCCAGCUGAGCAUGGUAGUAACACCGGACACAAAGCCCACUCGAGCAACAAUAACUCCCCUCCAGAUCAUAUGGACAGCCAGUUCAAUGCCAGACUGGAGAAGAUUGUGGAUAAAUCUGCCACCAAGGGCCGCCACGUCAAGGUCUCCCACUCUGGACGCUUCAAGGAAAAGAAGAAGGUCCGUGCCUCGCUGGGCGAGAACCCAAAUCUCUUCGCAGAGCACAACCUCAGUGACGAGAACCAUAAAAAAAAGACUGACAAAUAGCACGCAGGGUCCCAAAAACAUGCACCAAAAUGCACAUACUUUAUCACAAAUGUGUCAUAUAACAGUGUCACAUAUGGAAUGUGAAAAUAUACACAAGCACAACCAUGUGGCACUGCAUGUGCAACAUGCAAGGGGGAUAAACACUUGUUACCAGGCACCACACCCAGGUAGAUACUGUAACCAUGUGGACUCACACCAAUACAAACAACUGGUUUCAGUAGACAACCUGUAGACAUUCAACAUUAAACCACGUACUUCUGUCUCAUUUUCUAUCUUUUCUACCCUUCUGUGCUCGCUCUGUUAUUUAUCUUCAAAAAAUGAUCAGUGACAUGAAGUAAAAGUCAACACACUCUGCCUUGAAUUUGAAUGAACUGUAACAUUAUUGUAAAUUAUGCUUUUAUUUUUAUUAUUAUGGAUGAAGAGUUUUGGAAUUAAACCCCUCUUUUUUUUACACAAUCAACAGGUAAUAAGUGAAGAAGCGUCUGUAAAGCACAGUAAAUUUUUAUCACAUUUUUAUGACCAAAGCAAAUAGGGACUUGGUUUUGAUGAUGUGUCUGAAAUAUUGUGGGUAGAAAUACAGUAAAAUGCUGUUUAUAUAAUCUUUUCUGAAAUCCUAAAGCAAAAAAAAAAGAAGUUUGUUUUUAAUAAAUGUUUGAAGAUGAGUUAAUA